CGGAAAAGUAGAAUGAAUAAUGCAGUCUGUUAUUCAAUCAUUUACCGUCAUCCUCUUUUACAUUUAGCAUGGGAGUUUACUCUUGUUGAAUGUUCUCGCUAAUACAGUCGAGCCAAGCUCCUGUUACAUUGGUAUCAGAGACGUGAUCUUGAUAAACCCUUCUUCCGCCUGAAACCUCUUCCGCGAAUUACUCUGGCGCCCAGGUCUCGAUCAAAAUCCACCAUUGAAGCCAUGGAGGAUCAAAUACAAGCUUUAACUCAAUCGCAGCUGCAAUUCCAACAAGACAUUCAACAACAGUUUCAGCAAUUGUUUGGAGUAGUUGUGGAUUUACAGAAGAAACUUGAUAAAGAAACCUCUGCCAUCUCAAUGACCUUCAACUAUCAUAAAGAAAAAGGGGGGAAUCACGCUAGAACAUUGGGGUAUACUCCUAAACUCAAAUUCCCUCAUUUUGAUGGUAAUAACAGUAGCAUGUGGCUUGGAAAAUGUAAAGGAUAUUUUACAUUAUGUCAAACACCUGAAGAACAACAAGUAGAUAUUGCGGCGUUGAAUAUGUCUGGAAAAGGAGAAAUAUGGGUAACUAGCUACCUUGUUGAUAGAAUUGGUGUAGACUGGCAGGAAUUUGAGGCUGAUUUAUAUGCUAGAUUUAAAGAUGAUUCUGAAAAAGAUGUUGUGGAAAGAUUUUAUAGGUGCCAACAAAAGUCUUCUAUUGAUGCUUAUAUUGACGAAUUUGAAGAACUUAAGAGCAUUAUUAAAAGAACUCAUCCGUUUCCAGAAAAAUACUUCUUGGAUUGCUUUAUUGGGGGAUUAAAAGCAUCUUUGAAAUCUUUUGUAAAGGUUCUUAAACCUUCUACUAUGGCUGAGGCUAUUGAGUUUGCCAGAUCACAAGAAGAGACUUUAUCUGCUACUUACAAAAGCAUUAGUACUUUUCAGAAAAAUAUUCCUAAUCUGGUAAGUACUACACAUAAGCCUUUCCCUUCUAAGGCUGCUUUAACCAAUGACCAAAAUAGUAUUGAAGGUAGCUCAAGAACAUAUAUUCCUGCAUCUCUGAGAGCUGAAAAGUUGGCAAAAGGUCUGCGUUAUUACUGUGAUCAACCUUAUGAUAGAAAUCAUAAGUGUCAAUUCAAGAAGACUCAGUUGUUUACAGUGGAGGUACAAGGCUGGGAAGAUGAAGAAAAAACAUAAGAGGGCUGUAAGACUAAUGAAGGAAGUGAGUUGUUGUUACUGCAGGAUCCUUGCAUCUCUAUAAAUGCCUUAGCAGGUUGUUUUGGAUUUCAAACAAUGAGAGUGGUAGGCUAUUAUGGAAAGAAACCACUGCAUAUCCUAAUUGAUUCCGGAAGUACGCACACAGGGCCGGCCCAAGGGGGGGAGAACCAGUGCCAUCGCACAGGGCCUCAAAAAUUGGAAGGCCCCAAAAAAAUUAGCAAUAGUACUAGGAAGUAGCACAAGUCCAAAAUAAAAAAAGCCAGGAAGUCGAAGGUUCCCAACGAAGUAAACGAACUAAAGAAGCUCUGCUGCCUUGCGUUGGGUGUCGCGCAGGACUCUUCGUUUCUAGGUCUUAACUUUUAGUUCCAAUUUCAGAUUUUAAUUUUAGGUUAAGAAGGCUCCGUGGAAUUGAACGAUGAGUGUUGGCUUCAGAUUUCAUAUUUGUGUUUUUCAUAAAUAAUCAUUUAGACCCGUCUGUGUUUUUAAUUUUUUUUAUUUUUGCUAAUGCUAAUGCUCUUUAAUUAAUUUUUUUGUACGGAGUAUGUCUUUCAAAGUUAGCAAUGUCAAUCCAUUUUUCUUUAUGUUUUAUUUUUUGGGGCCUCUAAAUUAGAUUUGAACAAGGCCCUUGAAAUUUCAAGGCCGGCCCUGUACGCACAACUUUAUGGAUAUCAAUUUGGCUAAAAAAUGUGGACUGAAGGUUAAAAAGAUGAGAUCACAGACUGUUACAGUAGCUAAUGGCAGUCAUCUAGCUCGCCAGAACAUGUGUAAGGACUUUUCUUGGAGAGAAAUGCUUCGUGUACACGCCCGUGUACACGUUUCCAUACACGCUAUAUAAUGCCUAUUUUUUUUACCGCAUCACUUUCCCUGUUUUUCACUUUCUCUUUCCAUUGCCUUUUCUUAUUUCUCCCUCGCAGUUCCUUCCAAAACCUACUCCGACCAGCAAAAUCCUUUUUCCAUCGUCACUCCUUCACCUACUCCCGCCUUCAUAGUUCAUAGUCGAACCCUUACCACACAAAAUUGUGCUCUUAAAUAUCAGAAGCUUGAAGACAAACUCCAGUAUGGCAGUAGGCAUUGUUGUAGCUCGAAUGCAGAGAGCAGGGCUAAAUAUGACUCUUUGCAUGGCGAAGAUGAUGAGCCUCUAUGGUGAAGACGAUGAGCCUGUUUCUCGAUCUCUUUGAGCACGACACUUGAUAAAUCAAAUUAUGCCAUGAAAUGGAUUGAGAAGGUCAAGAACGAAAGAUUUUAAAGCAAAUGAUAACUAAAUAUUUCAUUUUUGUAAUUAGUUAUAUUGCACUGUUAAUUUUCUUGUAUUACAAUGAAUGUAAUGAAAGGUUUUAUGUUUUCAAAGUGUAUCUUUGUAUUAUCAAAAUGACUUUGAAUGUUACCAUAGGUAGUGGUGCUAUUGAUGUAAGUCAGUUGGAAACUGAAUUGAUAAUCUUUUUCGUUUUGAUGGUUUGUUAUAUGCAAAAAAUGAAUGGGAAUUACGAAAGUGUAGAAAUU